UCCAGGAAAUCGUCCGAGAUGCAUGCCCAGCAUUAGGGAUCACAUGACAACAACAAUAAUUUCGACAACUCCCGGCGGCUGCCAAGCAGAGAUUGGAUGCUGAUUACUCCAUUCAUACAAGACCUUCCUUGAGGGCGACUUCCAACUACUGCCCCGGCCAAUUCUCAAUCACACCAUCUGGGCCCACCGAACACACACACACACACACACACACACACACACACACACACACACACACACACACACAUGCUCACACAUGCACUUGCACCCGCACAUGCACACACACGGUCAAAACUCAGCAAGUGAGCACAUGCCAGUUGGUCACAAAUAUAUUCAGAACACACAGCAAACAGACUCAGAAUUGGAAUCUUUAGCAAACAGAUCAAUGGGAGAAUGAAACAACAUUUUCUCACAAACAGGUUAUCGAGUGUGUGUGUGCGUGUGUGUGUUUGUGUGUGUGUGUGGUUGUGAUACUCCCCUACACGUGGAUGCUAGGCAGAGAAGAAGCCGAUAGUCGAUCACACAUCUUGACUGAUUGAUCGAUUGAUUUUGGAUUGCAGCGGAGGAUAGAUUGGGUUCUUGCCAGGGACAGGCUCGCCAUGGACCACCGCAAUAGUGCACCGGCCCCUUCGUUCAUGUGCGUUUCUGUCCUUCUCUGCUUGCUGAUGUUGAGCGCGUGUUCUUCCAACAAAACAGCUGCUGCGCAACCGAUAACCAGCCAGUCACCUGCAUCACUUCCGUUGGCGCGCAAUGCGGGAGAGCAGCUGUUGGUCGCCAUAGCCGCACAGCCGGAUCUCUCCACUUUCAUGGUUGCCCUCAGGACUUCUAACGCUGAUGCUCAUCUGUCCGCUUACGCUGUGGAAAGUGGAGUCACGGUCUUCGCUCCGUCUAAUACCGCGUUCAACGAUCUUGGUGCCGAAUUGUUAGACUGCCUGUUAAUUGAUCCUGCCGCCAAUGAACUGCUCGCACAGAUCCUUUCCUAUCAUAUUAUUCCGGGGAAAGUUUAUUCAGUAAAGAGCCUUCAAUCGUUCUCAUCGCUCGAGACUGCAGCUGGCCCUUCCAUUUCUCUCGAGCAUGGAGGCAAUGGAGAGGACGUGAUCAUCAACGAUGCAGCGCUUAUCACGGGCCCGAAUGCAAUUGUCAUCACGAACGCAACUGUGCACAUUAUCUCAGCGCUCCUCUUAACGUCCACGGUCGAGUCCGAUAUGAUACACGUGUGCGGUGGUCAGGGGCCUCAAUCAUCGAAAGCACUGGGCUCUGCCAGACCGCCCGUCUCCAUCAUCGGCCGUGAAUCCGGGAUGCUGUGACACUACACAGGUGGCCAAACAAGGUGCGAAGGGUCGGGGAAUAAAGUGCGUCUGUCUGUCUGCCAGUCUGUCUGUUCGGCGGUCUGUCCAUUUCUGCUCAUGUCUGUCUGCUUGGGUGCAAUUCCAAGAGGCGAAGCAGCCGGAUAAGAAGAGAAGGCGAGCGUUUGGGAUGUUGACGUUUUCUUUUUAUCUUUUUCAGUGGUGUGAUAGGGUUCGUUUCUUUGUGGAGGGAGGGUGUACAACAAGGGAGUUCGUGACUUGUGCAGCAGAGCGGCAAUUCAACAAACCGCCCGGGAAGCG